UCUCCCUCAUUGGCCAUUUGCUUCAUCUUCUCUCUAAACGUUUAAAGAGUAAUUAAAAUUCAAUUAAUGAUACUUAAGAAAUAGCUAAAUCCUUCUUCUCACGUGUAUUUUACCCAAGGACAAAAGACAUAUAUUGCAUAAAUAAAGCAAAAUCUGCGUGUCUCUGCACAAAUUUCACCAAGUGUUCUGUGCUUCCGUUUCUCGUUUUCUCCGCUGCUGUCUAGUUGGACUCGAUUCGACGACACCGGUGUUGAAUUCAUGGAAGAUUCUGGGGAAAUGAAUUCUGGAGAUGACAAUACUCUUUCUGAUAAAAACAAGAAAAGAACAAUCAAGACACGUGCUCAAGUUGAAGCUCUGGAAAAAUUUUAUGAUGAACACAAAUAUCCUACAGAGUUAAUGAAAUCACAACUAGCAGAGUCACUAGGAUUGACAGAAAAGCAAAUUUCUGGAUGGUUUUGCCAUCGCCGGUUAAAGGAUAAGAGAUUGUUUAAUGGGGAAGUAUAUUUGAAUGGAAAACAAGAUCGUUCAAGUGGUGUUAUUCAGGAUCGUGGCAGUGGACUCAGACAGGAUUCUUGCGGCAGCACUAAACAAGGUGAUGACAGGACUUCAGAUCCCAGAGAAGUUGAAAGUAGAAGGUUAACUGGUGUGGAGUUCUCCACUCCAGACCUCACUCAUGAGUUUGGUGGUCACUCUACUAGAAAUUAUAAUUGCAUGGAUGAUACAUCUCUGGGAAGUACCUCUUCUUUGCGGAAUACAUAUUUCCCCCAUAAUGCAGACUCUUUUGAUGAGGGUACUUCAAGAUAUCUAACAAAUAGUUGUCCAACAGAUCAGAAAACUGUAAAACCUAGGACUGGUCCAUCAGGAUAUUUAAAAGUCAAGGGGCAUGUUGAAAAUUCUGCCAUUACUGCUGUUAAGAGGCAGUUGGGGAGGCAGUACCAUGAAGAUGGCCCUCCACUUGGUGUUGAAUUUGAACCACUCCCCCCUGGUGCUUUUGAAUCCCCAAUGCAGAAUCACACUAACAAUUCUUACCGUGCUGGAGAACGUGAUGUUGCUCGCUCAGAGGAUUUUCCGAAAGCUCAUAAGCAAUCUAAUUCUAGCACGGGAUAUGGAUACUAUUCAAAGAUAAGCUCUCAUAACCUUGAUAUGCUCUCUGAAAAACUUAAAAGGCCACAUGGAACUGAUCACUCAGAAAAAUGUUUUAACCAAAAGCUUAGGCAGAAGAGUUUUCUGCCAGUUCCUGAAUAUUCUGCUUCUGUACGGAACUCACCAGGAGAUAAGGAUGAGGUUCCAGCAAGAGAAAUGUUAUUUAACAGUAGAGACAAUCAUCAGCUUAUGGCCAAAUAUGGUGGAGAAAUGAGGAUGGACUCUGUAGCUAACCAAGGUCUUCUAAGCCCCAAUAGUGGAAGGAUGACUAAUGAGCAAGCCGAGCCACGGUUGAAAAGAAACUAUGAAGCAAACCUUAAGGUUUCACAGGUGGAGCAUUUUGAAUGCAAGCCUUCAACUAUACGUAAUAGGGUCGGCAUCUAUCAUGAUGUCAGGGAGAAAGGCAUCUCUAAAAGUCUUAAAAAGGAUGAUUUAUUCUGUGGAGAUGGAGCAAUACUUGAUGAAAGCUGUAAUCAAGGUCAACUGAAGAUUCCUAGGAAAUAUGAAACUACGGAUGGUAAGAGGACAAGCAACCACAUGUCUAACAGUCGAGAGUUUGCAAGGAAUGCAUCACUGACUGGAAUGCCAUUACAAACAAAUCAAGGAAUAAGGUCUGCUGCAGAGAUGCCAUCUAGUUUUAGUGAAGAUGAUGUGACUACCGAGACUAGUUCCUCCGAGGAAUGAGAGACUGGCAGGUGAGAGGAGGAAUGAUGCUUCAAUGGCUCCCGAGGCAGUGUAUAUCCUUUAAAUUUGUACAGUGCCUGCCACUUUAAUUAUUGGUUUUGUUUAUGGAUCAAAGGCUCAUUGACUCUGUACAGUUAGGGUAAAACCGUUGUCCAUAGCAGCAGCAAGAGUUUGUAAGGUAGAUUCGUUAAUGACAAAGAGCCUUUUAUGGUUUGCCACUUUGGUGAUCCAUUCUUCAUGUUAAGUAGAGCAUAUUCUCUAAUUCUCUCUCUGUAUUUUGUAAGGUAGAGGAGUCUGAUUUUAAA